GUUGGCCGCUAGCUGCUGCGUCAUAGAGGGCCCUUUAGAAUCAACAUGGCGGGCAGCAGUACGAAGUCGGUUUUGUUCAUUUGCCUCGGGAAUAUUUGCAGAUCCCCCAUCGCUGAAGCAGUCUUCAGGAAGAUGGCAUCUGAUGCUGGUGUUGUUGACAAGUGGGUCAUAGACAGUGCUGCCACAUCCGACUGGAAUAUAGGCAGCUCACCGGACGCCCGUGGUCUGGCUUGCCUCAGGAAGCAUGGCAUUGAAACAACCCAUAGGGCCCAACAGGUGACCAAGGAAGAUUUCAUGAGCUUUGAGUACAUUCUCUGCAUGGACGAGAGCAACCUGAGUGACUUGAAAAGGAAAGCAAACUCUGUGAAAAACUACCGAGCUAAGAUCGAGCUUCUUGGUUCAUAUGACCCUCAAAAGCAGCUGAUCAUCAAAGACCCAUAUUAUGGGAGUGAUGAAGACUUUGAAAAGGUGUACGAACAGUGUGUACGCUGCUGCAAAGCCUUUCUGGAGGCGAACUCCUAACAACGUCCGACACAAAACAGUCCUUCCUGAGUCUGUUGGAUAAACAUGAAUAAUCAACCAAAUAUGUUUUGGCCGUGUCAUACAAGCACUCAUCACUAUAACCCUGUUGUGGAUGUCAUGGAACACACUUUGUUUCGGUGUUGUAAAUGUUAUACAAACCACACAUUGUGUAGGUUUAGAAGAAUGCUACAAGUUUGUAGACUGUAAAUUCAGGUGAUUAAUAAAUACAUAACUUAAGUUCA